UGUGUUGCCUUAGAGCUCAGGGGAAGGAAGCUCAGUGAUGCAAUGGUGAGGAGGAGUUCUGGGAAAGGAGCAGCAGCUGGUAGCAGAAGGAGGGGCAACUGAGGUUGAACCUGGAGCUUAAGCAGGAGAGUCUCAUCUUUGUUUCUUAAUGGAAUAAUGGCAUCCCUUGCAAUCCUAAUCUACCCUUCACUUCUUCUAGUGCUUAUUUAUCAUGCAACUGCAAUGGAUGAGUUCAGGGUACGUCCGUUCGACAAUAUUUCUCUGCCGUGCCAUUUCUCCUUUGUGGAUAGCACAGAAGGUUUAUCCUUCACCUGGGAGAGGGAAGAUAUCAAGGAGGAGCAUGAAGUAGAAGACGAUGAUUUUUACAAAUAUUUUGUCGGACUUCAUGAUUUCUAUCAGUUUUAUCCGAAGUUGAUAUAUAGCUUUAGCAACAACAUGGAACAAGUAGAAGAGCGGAAUUCCCUCUAUGAAGGCAGAGUCUGGGUGGAUGAGGAAGAGAUUCCAGAGGGCAGCCUGGCCCUCAUGCUGGAGCAGGUCCAGUUUUCUGAUGAGGCUGUGUACAUAUGCAAGGCCACUAAUUCAAUGGGCAGAGGGACAAGAAAAAUGAAGCUUCUUGUGGAAGAUGCUGAAGAGCCACAGGUGCAGUUCAGCACAGUCGAUGAUGCACUUGUAGCCAAGUGCAUCUCAGCAGGCUGGUACCAUAUGCCAAAGGUAACCUGGCGUAACCGCAAGGAAGAAGAUCUGUCUGGCUAUUCCAAAACAGAUAUUCUGGAAGAGAAACAGGAUGGGUCCCACCGUGUGGUAUCUACAUUACAUUACCCUGUACUACUCCAUGAAAUCUACACUUGUCACAUUGAAGAGAGUGAUGUGCUCAACAGACCUGUUAGGUCCAUCCACAAAGUUCCAAAGAGGAAAUAUCAUAAUAUGUACAAUCACUACUAGAAAAUCAACACCAAGUUGAUGUAGCGAGGGAAGAUUUUUCAUCAUAUCAGCUCUGUACAGUGCCUGCAGCAGCAGAAGGAAGAGGGAAAAUACAGAAAAUGAGACAAUACAUUUUGCAUGUUGAAAGGAGGGGAUUGUUUAUAUCACUGUGUUAGAUGUUUGAAUUAAAUUGAAUUGAAUUAAAAACUGCCAAAAUAUUCCAUAUGGACAACCAAGACUGGACUGAGUUUUUUCACACUUACAGGGGUUAUUUGGUAAGCUCAUCUCCUGUGCUAAACCAUCCCCAACAGAUGCCAUUCUCUGCUAGAAGAAAUCUGGCCGAGGGGAGCCCACCUAGUCUCUAGUCUAGAGAAAUUAUUUCAUUGUCAAACCAGUCUUGCAAUUAAGAAAACUAAAAAAGUAAUAAAAACAAUAGGAAUCAUAUAUAAACAUAGGUCUGCAACAAUUAGUUUUCCAGUGAUUUUGGUAAGACUCAUUGAAUUGUGUCUUUUGUUUCAGAAGCAGAGAAAUAUGUUGACAGGACUGGAUUGCUAGUUUUACACCUAGCCUUCCUCUUUUCUGGUUCAGGCUUAGGAAGAGCAGUGGGGGAGUUAAUCUAUCUUCAUGAAAUUAAAAUCCUUCAUUACAGUUCUGUGUUCUGUAAGAACAGACAGCAGGACCUUGAUUUUAUUGUGUUGUAUCCUUUUUCAGAUAUUUCAAGGGAGCUCUUGUAUUCUCUCUUCAAUUCUCUUCCCAAAUCCUCACAUUCGUUUUCAUAGGACUUAGUCUCUAGCUGCCUGAUCAUCCCCACUGCAUCUUUUGUAGUUCAGUUGAAUCCUUCUUAAAAUGUAACACCCAGAAUUGGACAGGAUACAUGAUAUGCGAUCUGAACAUUAUAUAAAAUAAAGAACAGAAAAUAAUAAACCAAUCUGGGUUGGUCACCGGGAUCAGGGGUUUUGUCUCCUGAGCUUUCGGACUCGUGCUGGAGCCCAUCUCAGUAAGAUGGGCUUCAAUAUGAGUCUGAAAGCUCGGGAGACAAAACCUCUGGUCCCAGUGAUCAACCCAGAUUGGAUCCUGAAACAUUGUACUGGGACAGGUAUUUUUGCCUUCAUUCGUGAAAAAAUAAUAAAGCAUCUAUGAUAAGUAAAUGUGUCUCUCCCCACCACCACCACGCAAAAGAUACAGGUUUCCGGUCUCUGUUUCUUAGCCAAGGGAGUCAGCGUUGCCGAAAGAUAUUUUCCAAGGUCAUAUGGGAAGAUAGGUACAUAGAACACUCUUACCAUCUCACCAAAGUGGUACCCAUUUAUCGAUUCACAUGCUUUUGAACUGCUAGGUUGGCAGAAGUUGGGGCAAAUAACAGGUGUUUCCCCUGUCACAUGGUGAUUGGAUGCUGAACGGUUGACAAGCCCAGAAUCUUAACCACUAGGCCAACACAUCCCCUACAAAAGGUAACAGUAUAAUAAAAUAAACAUAGCCUGACUCUAACCAUACAUGAAUUACUUCAGAUACAAUACUGCAAUUUAUAAUGACAACUGUUAGCCAUCAAAGCCCUCCAGAGUGGCUUUGCCUUUGCUGUCUGAAACGCCUAUCAUGCAGUGGCCAAUUUGAUGUUAAGAGAGGCAAAGCAUUGGUGAUGAUGAAGACAGGCUAAAUGUUGCUGUUAAACCAGGGUUUCUCGACCUCAGCAACUAAGAUGUUCAGCUCUCAGAAUUCCCCUGCAUCCACAAAUCUUAAAACUGUUGAAGUUGAGAAACUCUAUGUUAAACAAUGCCUCCUCCCCACUUCCCAAAAGGGUAGGGAAAGCAAGAGCCUUUCCAGAGAAAAGGAGGUUCUGAAGUCACAGGAGACUGUUAGUAAAAGGCAGAAGACCUUAUUUUUGAAUACUUCCCUGCACCUAUGCAAUCUUUUUCCCACUUCUGGUGAACGAAAACAGCAAGCGGUGGGAGGCUAAAAACCCUCUGCUCUGUUACAGGUAGGAGUUUUGAAUUUAGCUGGUUGCCUCGCUACAAUACAGAAAUCUGUUUUCACAAUCUCUGUAAUAUGUUGGUGGCUAUUUCAUAACUUGAGUGGCAACCACUCAAAUAUACAGUUAGUCGUAACUAUUGGAAAAGAUUGCCCACACACAGCCAUAUUGGAAUGAGAAUUGCUUUUCCAUCUCAAGCCUUGUAGAGUACAAUAUACUGAAUUCAUCUUGUUGGGGUUUUAUUGGAGGGGGGGAAAGGAAGGUCUAUCCAUUAUCAGGCAGUAAAAGACACAGCCGUGACUUCACCAAGGUCAUUAUUCACCCAUUUCCUCAGCAAUGGUGAUGUUUGUGUAUAGCAGCUGGCAGAGUGGGUGAUGUGACAUCUGCUUUCCCUUAUGGAGCAAAGGGUCUGCUUUCUGCCCCCAAGCCAGAGAUGGGCAGCACAGUGGCAGCUGCUCCCCUGAGUAGGCGACAGACACAUAAACGGCCCCCAGGCAGUCAAUUAAGGGAACAGCAGGCAGGAAGACAAAGCUGCUUUGUGGCUUCUUCUGCCUUUUCUCCAUUUAUGCUGCCUUCUGAUGUUUUGAAGAAUCCACCAGCUGAGCUGAAUGCUCAUCUGAAUGCAGGGUAGGACACUGUUGUCCUGCCUCAAACAGCAAAGGACCUCUUGGAUUGUGCAGUCCAUAAAUAAUUAUUUGAAAGAAAAUUCCUACUCUGCUAAAUGGAGCAUUAUUGACCGCUUUCAGAAGAAGAGGUCUUCAUGGGAUUCCUAAAUAUCUAGUGACCAUUUCCUAAUGUCCUUUUGAAAAGUAAAAUCAUAAUGCUGGUAGCAUAAGUGGGCAAACUGAUUAUUUAAAAUUAUUCCUACUGGGGUUUAGGCCAGAUUUAAACUGCCCUGGGAAGCACCUAAUCUUGGAAUUGAAUAAAUAGGUUGGGAGGGACAUUAGAGGAUAUCUAGUCUGAUCCUGGUCCAAUGCAAAACAUCCUGCAUUACACCAUCCUUGCCAAAUUACUAACUACUUUCCAGUGUCAGAAAGUCCAUCAGCUUCCAACUCUGGAAUCUAUUCCAUUGCUGAACUGCUCUAAUUCUAGGAAAUUUUUCUCGAUGCCCAAGCAAAAUCAGGUUCUUCAUAAUUUAGACCUGUUGCUUCUUGUCUUCUGAAACGAAAUUCAAUAAUUCUUCUCAGUCUUCUGAAUAACCACCUUCAGAUACCUGAAAAUAACAAUUAUGUUUUUUCAGUCUUUUUUCUCUCUUCUCCUUUUGUUCCUGUGUAAGCAUGCAGGAGUGGUAAUUGGCCCAAAAUCUGUAUUCAUUAUAGUACUUUCAUCUGUUCUUUGUUCUUAAGGUUUUACAGGAAGGGGAGGGGGUGGGGUAGUGAUACCAAAUGAAAUUUAGGUAGCUUUGCUUUGCAGGAUCUUGCUCCCCCACCCCCCAAUAACCUCUAACACAGUGUUUCUCAACCUUGGCAACUUGAAGAUGUCUGGACUUCAACU